AUGAGUCCAGAAUCCAUUGAUCUACCUUUACCACCACCCAUCCAAGAAUUUCACGUACCCCCGAAAUCUGCAAAACGACGACUUCGAAACCCUCCCUCAGCUGAGCCUGCGCCGCUCACACGGCCUUCCUCAAAGGAUAAAGAACCCGAAAAGUUGCAAGCAUAUCCAGGAAAUAAUGACAAUGGUCCCCUUUCUGAGGAUACGAAAUUGGAACUUCGACGGCCGUUCAGGACCAGCAGUUUAUUUGCUGGCUUUGAACAUAUUAGUGAUGACGAAUGGCAAGAGCCACAGGAGGAUCUGUUUAGUGAUGACGAGCUCUUCAAUCGACCCCUCGCAUCUUAUACACUGAGAGCUGGCAAGCUCGUUACAAAGCCGGCGCCCUCAAUACUGGACGACAACCCUCUCGCGGAGCGUGAGGAACACCCAGAAGAAGUGGAUGAAUCACAUUCGCCGAAAUCAAUAGUUGAAACAAAAGCUCCCAACGGCCCUCAGCCCCGUGUUGUUCCCGGUGGGAAAUUGCCAUCUGCUAAACGACCGCCCAGACCUUUGAAAUUAGGUAAUGUCGCGAAGCAACCUGAUAUUCGCCGCACUGCCAUGAUUUCCAGCUCUACUGCCGCACACCAGGCGUAUAGGCCUCGCAGUCCCAGUGCACCUAGCAUCGGCAGCAGCGCUGCCUCGACUAGCACCGCAGCCAAACCUCCUUUCCCCGUUCCGGUGAGAUUGAGCUCGCGCAAAAUCCCAGUCAGCGCGAGCGAGGGCGCUCAGAGUCCGACGCCGUACAGCAACGGAAAUUUCCCGGAGCGGGGCUUUCUAUUAAGAGAACCUCCACUUCGCAAAGCUCGCUCGGCCGCUGUGGUGGCUGGGAUGCAUCGUCCCGAUCGGCAGCAAAGCCAUUCUCCACCAACAAUGUCGACAUCAUCAACCUGCCCCGAAAGCCCACACCUCCCACCCAUGCCUGUUGAUGAAAUAACAGCCCCCCGGCGAAAGAGAUCUGGUAAACUGCAUUCAAAUCGACAAGUCCCGCCCCCUGCCAGGUCUCACCGGAGAAACGAGUCAGUCAAUACCAACACAAGCGUACAGCAGACUAGUGUCGUUGAUGCGAUCGCACAGACCAUGGUGGGCGAAUGGAUGUGGAAGUAUGUUCGUAGACGAAAGUCAUUUGGUAUGACGGAAAGUAAUAAAGACGGAUGGGAGCUAGGCAAAACCACCGAAGAAGUUUCUGCAAACAUCACUGGGACCGGCGUUAGACAUAAGAGAUGGGUAUGGCUUGCACCAUAUGAGCGCGCAGUUAUGUGGAGCAGUAAACAGCCCACCAGCGGGUCUGCCUUGCUGGGUAAGAGUGGUCGAAAGCUAAUGAUUCAAUCGGUCCUUGAUGUCAAGGAUGACAAUCCGCUGCCCAAGGGCUCCGGCCCUGGUAGCCACUUUAACCGGUCGAUUUUGAUCCUCACCCCACAGCGAGCUCUGAAGUUCACAGCCAUGACAUUGGAACGCCAUUUUGUCUGGUUAACCGCGCUGUCGUUCUUAAGCCACUCUUCGAUGGGCGCUAACGAUCUUGCUUCCCUACCCCCCGUUCCGCACGAAGAGUAUCGCCCACCCCCAGGUAGUAUGCUAAGGCGCAACCCAAUCCGCGACUCAAUUCGCAUCGCGAAGGGAAAGGCUAAACCAACACCGUCCAGCUCCAACCGCUCAUUUGUAUCGCAUCCAUCUGCCGUCCCUGAGCUACCUUUCGAUGAAGCCAAUGGAACCGAAGCCAUCAACGACAUCGCUGAUCCCCCAAAUGUCCCAAGAUUCUCCUCCCAUUCACGCAAGAGAAGUAACACCGCACCACGCAUACCGCCAAGUGCAUUCAGAAGUUUCUCCAACCACACCACCGCGCCGUCCACACACAGCACCACAACUGCAGGGUCGUCCGAUAUCUACUCUCCCUCAAUCAUGGGGCCAUCAGGUGUACAGAGCGGCCAAAGCAGCUUUAGCCACCGUACGUCCGAAGCCAGUGGCCCAUCUAGUGUUGGCAUGAGCAAUUUCUUCGAGGCAGUUGGUACGGUGCGGAUGGAGGCGUUUGUGGACCGGAGUGAAUAUCCCCGUCAACGGAUUGGUGGGCGUAGUCAUAGAUCGAGACACGGCGGUGUUGGAGGUAGUCGAAAAGGACGGAAUGCGCAUUACUGGCCCCCGAAUAGCCCUGACACUGAGUUUUAUGGGUCUGAGGAUGGGGAUGUUCUGUUUCGAAAUGAGGAUCCCUUUCGAGGGUUCUAG